AUGUACUUCUAUACAGGUGCAAACCACCACAACAUUACAAAACUGACCAUGAGUUCGUUUAAUAAUAUGCAAGAGAAGACGGACCAGAAAGAAACAUACAUAGUUGGGUCCUCCGACCUUACUCAAGAAAAUAUUCAGUCAUCCAUCACUCAUACAAUCUCCAACCCAAGUUUCACUUCCACUACACAACCAUCCACAACCAGAUGGCAGAAGUUUAAGGAUUCAUUUAAGAAAGCUGAGGAUGUCGAACUGGAUCCUAAUUUGACAGAAGCUGAAAGAAUUGCUCAAGCCACCGCCAAGGCACCUUUGCAACAUACUUUGAAGGGCCGUCAACAAACAAUGAUUGCCAUUGGGGGUGCCAUUGGUAGUGGGUUGUUUGUCGGUAGUUCCACCGCUUUAAGAACUGGUGGCCCAGCUGGGUUAAUCAUCGGGUGGGGGUUGACUAGUACAAUGAUUUAUUCCAUGGUGAUGGCCCUGGGUGAAUUGGCCGUGGUUUUCCCCGUGGCAGGUGGGUUCACUACAUAUGCUACCAGAUUCGUCGAUGAAUCCUUUGGUUACGCUAAUAAUUUCAACUACGCCUUGCAAUGGCUUGUCGUUCUACCUUUGGAGAUUGUCUCUGCUAGUAUUACUGUUAAUUAUUGGGGUACCCCCACUAGAUAUCGUGAUGGGUUUGUUGCAUUGUUUUGGUUGGUCAUUGUUAUUAUAAAUAUGUUUGGUGUUAAAGGGUUUGGUGAGGCAGAAUUUGUAUUUUCCAUCAUUAAAGUGACAACAGUUAUUGGAUUCAUAAUCUUGGGAAUCGUGCUAGUAUGUGGUGGUGGUCCCAAAGGUGGGUUUGUGGGUGCCAAAUACUGGCAUGAUCCCGGUGCCUUUGUUGGCCAUGGAAGUGGGGCACAAUUUAAAGGUGUCUGUUCUGUCUUUGUCACUGCUGCCUUCUCCUUUGCUGGUAGUGAAUUAAUUGGUAUUACUGCUGCUGAGGCAGCUAACCCACGUAAGAGUAUUCCUGGUGCCGCCAAGCAAGUUGUUUGGAGAAUUGUUUUAUUUUACAUGGGGACAUUGACCAUGAUUGGUCUCUUGGUUCCAUACAAUGAUAAAAGAUUAAUUGGUGCUUCUUCUGUGGAUGCAGCCGCAUCACCAUUUGUCAUUGCCAUUGUUACACAUGGUAUCAAGGGUUUACCAAGUGUUAUUAACGUUGUUAUCCUAAUAGCUGUGUUAUCUGUGGGUAAUUCAGCCAUUUUUGCCUGUUCCAGAACGAUUGCUGCCUUAUCAGAUCAGGGAUUUUUACCAAAAGUAUUUGGUUAUAUUGAUCGUAGUGGUAGACCCCUAGUAGGUAUUGCUAUCACCUCGACAUUUGGUCUUCUAGCAUUUGUUGCAGCAUCCAAAAAGGAAGGUGAAGUCUUCAAUUGGUUAUUGGCAUUGUCCGGUCUAUCCUCUUUAUUCACAUGGGGUGGUAUUUGUCUUUGUCACAUUAGAUUUAGAAUGGCAUUGAAAGCACAGGGGAGAGACACCAAUGAAUUGACGUUUGUGUCGCCCGCAGGUGUUGCCGGUUCGUACUGGGGGUUAUUUAUGAUUGUGCUUAUGUUUAUUGCUCAAUUUUACGUUGCACUUUUCCCACCUGGUGGGAAACCUGAUGCGGAAGUGUUUUUCCAAUCAUAUUUGUCCUUCCCUAUUGUGGUUGCUACGUAUUUUGGUCACAAGAUUUACAAAAGAAAUUGGAAAUUAUUUAUCCCAUUGGAGGAUAUGGAUAUUGAUACGGGGAGAAGAGAAACUGAUAUGGAAUUAUUGAAACAAGAAAUCAUGGAAGAAAAGGCAAUUUUGGCAUCGAAGCCUUGGUAUAUUAGAGCGUAUGCAUUUUGGUGUUGA